GGCGCUGCCUACUGCGCUCGAUAUGAGGACAUUUCGGGCUGUGAACAAGCUGUUAAAUGUCAGCGUGUCCCGGCUUCGUGAGCAGUUUGAGGCCGGCUUGUGUGCUUCAGUGCCCGGGACAGUGGUCAGACAUAGACAGUAUAGGCUGGAGCCACAUCCUAGCGGCAACAUACUGACAUCUGGCGGCAGGAAAGCCGAUACCGGACCGUCUCUCCGGGAGUUCAUCCGGAGGGCGCCCGAAGAUGGAGCGGCCGAGGAGGAGGCGCCGCCGCCCUACCUCAGCGGGGCUGGAGUGUCAGAUGGCGGGAGGAGAGUGUAUUUUGAAACCUAUGGGUGCCAAAUGAAUGUUAAUGACACAGAAAUUGCUUGGUCCAUCCUCCAGAAAAAUGGUUAUUUGAAAGCCAGCAGCUGCACAGAGGCCGAUGUGAUUUUACUAGUAACUUGUUCAAUCAGGGAGAAGGCAGAGCAGACCAUCUGGAACAGGCUGAAACAGCUUGCUUCACUGAAAUCCAAGCGGACAAAGUCUCAAGUUCCACUUAAAAUAGGAAUUUUAGGAUGUAUGGCUGAGAGACUGAAAGAGGAGAUCCUGGAAAAAGAGAAACUUGUUGAUGUACUUGCUGGACCAGAUUCUUACCGUGACCUUCCUAGACUCUUGAUGGUGGCUGAAACAGGCCAAAAGGCUGUGAAUCUAUUGUUGUCACUGGAUGAGACCUAUGCAGAUGUCAUGCCAGUUCAGGUCAACUCCGAGACAAAGUCUGCAUUUGUAUCUGUCAUGCGGGGAUGCAACAACAUGUGUAGCUAUUGUAUUGUUCCUUUUACCCGUGGACGGGAGCGAAGUAGACCAAUUUCUUCCAUUGUACAAGAAAUCAGAAUGCUUUCAGAUCAGGGAGUAAAGGAGGUUAUGUUGCUUGGGCAGAAUGUCAACAGUUACUGUGAUACAUCGGAGGUUACGUUUCACAUGAAGGAACCUACACAUCUGAGCCGUGGUUUUAGUACCAUAUACAGGAAUAAAGGUGGAGGCUUGCGUUUUGCUGAUUUGCUAGACCAGGUCUCGAGAAUCGAUCCUGAGAUGAGAAUCCGUUUCACUUCUCCUCACCCCAAGGAUUUCCCAGAUGAGGUUUUACAGCUUAUCCAGGAGAGAACCAACAUUUGCAAACAGAUCCAUUUGCCAGCGCAGAGUGGGAGCACUGCUGUCCUUAAAGCUAUGAGACGAGGGUAUACUAGAGAAGCAUACUUAGAACUCGUUGAACAUAUACGCAGGAUCAUCCCAGGUGUAAGCUUAAGUAGUGACUUCAUUGCUGGAUUUUGUGAGGAGACUGAGGAUGAUCAUCUGCAGACCAUUUCUCUUCUAAGACAGGUCCAAUAUAACGUGGGAUAUCUUUUUGCCUACAGUAUGAGAAAGAAGACACACUCCUAUCAUAGACUACAGGACAGCAUUCCUGCAGUUGUGAAGCAGCGUCGUUUGGAAGAACUUAUCACUGUGUUCCGAGAGGAGGCAGCUAAACUGAACUCUGAGCUUAUUGGAACUGAGCAACUUGUGCUAGUGGAAGGGGCUAGUAAGCGGUCUAAGCUGGAAUUGUGUGGAAGAAGUGAUGGUAAUAUUAAAGUAAUUUUUCCCAAUGUGGAGGUACCAUGUGACUCGUCAUCUGGAAUGCUUGUCCCUGUCAGACCCGGAGACUAUAUAUCAGUGCAAAUAACAUCUGCCAGCUCACAAAGUUUAAAGGGUACUCCAAUCUGCCAUACAACACUGAACAAUUCAGCAAAGUUGUUAGCUAAACAGCUGCGAGCUGUCAGUAGUGGACAAUAACAUAUAUCCAGGACUGGAGUUGUGCCGAAAGAUAAUUCGGCAAAAGUAUCAAGUUUGUGCUUCUGCACUUGGGAUAUUACUGAGAAUUGCAAAGUGAAAUCUGAUGCAUUCUUUCACCACAGAGGAAGUACAGUAAAUGUCAUUUGGAUUUCAAAUACAAAGAAGCAGUGCAUGUGUGUCUUUUUGAGUUCAGAUCCUGGCGAUGAGUUAAAAUCUGAGAUGUGAUUAAAAGUUUCAGAUACUUGGUUGGUUGGUAUUGCAAUGUGAAAACAUUGGCAAAAAAUAAAUGUGACAAAUUAUUUUGUUAGAGAUGUAUAAUUGUAAAAGUAAUGUUGCACGUGUAUGCACAUCGUUUUCUUUCAUUGAGGGUAAGGCAUUUUGCAAUCAAGCUCAUCACAGCUGACAAGUUUUGAAAUAUUGAAUUUGUUGAAAUCUUUUGAUUAAUUAUAAUUAUUGUGAGAUCUGUUUUCACCUGAUUAUAGGUAUUAUAGUCUCAAUGUUCUUGACCUUAUUACCUCCCUCAAGCUCAUCCUUCAUUUCCCAAACCACAACCUUGGCUCAGUGAUAGCACUCUUGCCUCUUGAGUUGAGGUGCAUUUAACAGAACCCUGGCACGAUUCAAAGAGCAGGGAGUUCUUCCUGUGUCCUGCUGUACAUUGAUGUCUCAGCCAGAAUUGUUAAAGCAGAUUGUCUGGCCCAUUUAUCUCAUUUGCACUUUGUGGACCUUACUAUAUGCACAAUGUUGGUCCCUGCAUUACAAAUUAUUUCAAUGGCUGUAGUGCUUUCGGAAGUCUGGAGGAAAGUGCACUUUUGGAGAUGCAAGUUUCUAAUUUUCCCAGUCUCAUCACUACAUGGGCCCUUAAUAUCUUUCAAGCCUUUGUCAUCAACUCUGCUCUUUCUGAAAACUUGUAUACUCUUAUGGUCUAUGCCAGCAUCUUUGCUUUCAACUUGCACCCCGAGGGGAAAAAAAAUGCUCUAACUUCCUUGCAAGCUCUAAUCUUUCCAUCUCUGCUCUGCAAGCUCUUCUAUUAUUGAAGCUUCUGUCAACCUGUUUUGUAGCCGUGUGAGAAAUGCUGAAAUUAUUGGUUAGGUGAUCUCUCAUUGAAUAAAUAUGAGAAUCCAACUCAAAUGCACAUGUUCUGUGACUGAUCUUCCUGUCCAUCGCCUGAUCUAGUUGACCAAUUACAUUUUUUAGGGGUUUGGCAGACACUUCCCUCAUCAGUAUAAGAUAGUCACCAAGAAAUCUAAUAGGAAAUUCAGAAGAAGCUUUUUUAAAAUCCAAUGGUGAGAAUGUGGAAUUUGCUACCACAGCGAGAGGUUGAAAUGAAGAGUAUGGGUGCAUGUAAGGGAAAGCUAGACAAGCACAUGGGAGAGGUUAGAGGAUUACAAUUAUACAUUUAGAUGUGGGAAGGUUUGAUUAGGGCAUAAAUGCCAGCAUGCAUUGGUUGGCCUGUUUCUGUGCCAUAUAUUCUACAUAAUGCUCCUGAUAGCAAACUCUCACUCCCUAGAAACUAGAAUGCAAAUUUGUAGGCAAAAUUCCUAUUAAUGUAGCACUGCCAGGAUCAAAUAGAAAUCUGUGACUUCAGUUAUCUCACCAAAUUGUUACAAAUCCGCUUGUGCUUUACCUGCCUUUGAAAGGCAGCACAAAUAAACAUGCCAACUACAAAUCAGAUUUGUUAAAAGUAGUGACAAUAUCAUAUAGUAAACUUGCUUGUUAACUUCUGAUUAACAUUUGCAACAAUAAUGAAAAGAACUUAACUUUGUGACCCACCCUGGAAUCUCUAAACUCUUCAGUUCAUCUGAAGCCAUCGACUAAAGAGCAGAGAACACGCUGGUGAGGAAGAUCUCUCAGAGCUGCUGAUGAUCAACCCAGGGUAUAGAAAUAUAAAACGUGUCUUCUACAGAUGAGGAAAAAUCAAAAUACCAACAAUGAAGUCAUUUUGGGGUUGUGACUGAGGAUAAACAGGAGGGUGGAGUAUGCAGUGAGGAAAUUGGCAGAUGGAGUGAAUCCCAGGGAGGUGUAGUAAAUGGUAAGGUUUUGGAUCUUAGAGAGUGAGCCAGUAGGUAUUUGGGAUCUGAAGAUGCUCACACCAUUAUGGUUUGGGAGUGUGUGAUCGUAUGGGCAGGAACAGCCUUGUGAAGGCAAAGCCAUUGCUGUUGGUAAGCCAAGCACAGGAUAUGUGUGUGCUCCUGCACGUUGAGAUUGAUGGAGGGGGAAGGCCUUGUUCACAAGGGAGCAAAUAUUUCGCAGGUUGACACGAUGGGGGAGGGAAGCCAGAGAUUUGUCUGAGGAAUCAGGAUGAGGUAAGGAAACUCUGCAGCAGGAGCAUGAGAAUUGGAACAGCUAAUUACUAACUAAACUGAAAAUAGGAAUUGAAAUGAUUUUAUUUUAAAGCUUGAAACUAAUGAAGAUUAAGAUCAAAACUACUAAUAGGAUGUACAAUAUUGCAAAUAAAAAAAUUUAGAGAGGCAUUCAUUUGAGGAAAGAAGACUUUCAAUAGAAACAAAUCCUACUAAUCUUACUGCACUAAAAGAAGAACUGAAAUCAUUGGAACAUUUUUUUUAACUUUUUACUAACUUUCUUCUGUUUUUUAGUGGUUGCUGUUCCAGAUAUGAAAUUUAGAAACUGCAAGUUUUCUGAAAUAUUUUCUGACUAUCAAAAUGCAGCUAAUGUCUUCUCCAUUUAUUUGUAGUACUGCUAAGGUUAGAUUCAUCUCCGUAUCUAGAUGCGAGGGUUAGUAAAUUAAGAUUAAAGGCUACCCAGUCAAGAACUAUCAGCAGUAAUAGAUGACUCUGCUAUAAAGUUUCAUUGUUAUAUUGCGACCAAGGCAAAGACUAAUGCAUGGUUCUGUGUAUAAUGAAAUUGUAAACAUGUUCUUGUUGAAUUUAUUUGUGACUGUACCAAUUCCCUUCCUCAAAUGAUUGAAUCAAAAAACUCCACUCCCUGCUUUGGUUACCCCCACCAAGUAAACUUGACCAAAA